AUGCAAGACCAACCACCAGCUUUUGACUCCGUCAACGUUAUGGAACUUCGUUCGGUGGAUGCCAGCAAAAUCACUAAGGUCAGCGUGUACACCGGGCUGGCUGAAAUUACGCGGCUUUUUAAGUUCGAUGUCAAAAUGGGGCAAAAUCAGGUGAAGAUUUCUGGGUUACCGAAUGUUAUGGGUGAGGAGUCCUUGAGGGUUGAGGCACGAGGUUCUGCGAGCAUCCAAGGAGUCACCAUUGGUUCGACUCCUCAACCGCCGGUACCGACUGCCUCAGAGGAACUCAAGAAUCUACGGAAAGAGAAGCGACUCGCUGAAAGCGCUAUCGAACGAUGUAACGCGUCCAUCGGAUCCAUACGCUCUUAUGUUGCGUCGACAACGACUGUUAACAUUCCAUCUGUAAACCUCGGCCAGUUGCUGCAGAGCUGCGAGACAGAAGGCGCAAGACUUGAUUCCCAGCUACUGGAACUUGAGGAGAAGCUAAGCGCGGUCACCGAGGCCGUGGAAGCAGAGGAGAAGAAACUCGAAGGCGGCAACGUUGAGCAAGACGGGCUCGGUAUGACGGCAUCUAUCGGUCUAUUCGCCCACGAAGCGGGGGAAAUAGAACUAACCCUGAUAUACGCUGUACGGCAAGCCAACUGGAGCGCUGGUUACGACGUACGCGUCAAUAUGCAUGCCAGCGACAAACCUGUCGUGCUCCUUUACAAAGCCAACAUUACACAGUCUACUGGCGAGGCAUACGUCCCACUGACCUUGGAAACAGUGACCCCCACAUAUGGCGCGGACAUUCCGACGCUAUCUUCGUGGUAUCUCUCUGUGUGGACGCCGCCCAGGCCCGAGUUGAGAAUCAAGAAAAAGAAGAAGUCGACAGCACGCUUGAGCUCGGAUGAUGAUUUGGUAAUGUAUACCACAGCUGCAUGUGCUCCGCUACCAAUGUCAUCGCGCGGAGCCUUCCAGGCCGAAAUCGUAUCCCAAGGAACCCUCAGCGCCACCUACCAAGUCCCUGGCCUCAUCAGCAUUCCUAGCGAUUCUCAGAACCACAGUGUUACGAUCAUUGAGCUGACACUUGGCGCGGAGAUGUCUUGGAUAACUGUGCCGAAGGUCGACAAGAGGGUGCAUCUGAAGGCGAAGGUGAAGAAUGCGUCCGAGUACUCCCUCCUCCCUGGCGAAGCAAGCAUAUACGUCGAUGGCAGUUUUAUCUCGAAGUCGAACAUCCCUUCCGUGGCUCCGCAAGGAAGUUUUGAUUGCUCUCUUGGAAUCGAUCCCUCCAUCCAAGUCACGUACCACCCCCUUAUCAAGAACGCUUCGCGAACAGGUUUCUAUACCAAGAGCUCUAAGCACAGCUACAAUCAACGCGUCACUAUCGCCAACACCAAGACCCAGCCAGUCGGCAACCUCAAAGUCCUCGACCGCAUUCCUGUCUCCGAGGACAGUCAAAUCACCGUGAAGCUCCUCAACCCCUCGCUGAGCCUCCCGUCGAUCAGCACGUCCGUCGGUACUAUCUCUUUACCGUCCAUCAGCGAAGACACAGCGUCCAACAAAACGAAGGAUGACCCGGACCGUCCGUUGAUGCCUCCAGUGAAAGUGAGUAGUGGGGUUGCCGCUCAGUGGGACGGGGCGGACGAUUCUCAGGGUGACAUCACCGCCCUCGGGAAGGAUGGCAAGUUGAAUUGGUUGUGUUCAAUCCCGCCCCAAGGCACGGUGAACCUUUCGCUGCAAUGGGAAGUGCUAGCUCCUGCAAGUAUCACUGUUAAUGGUUUGUAG